AUGACUAUACAGGAAAUACAAGAAGCUACUAAACACGAUAAAACUUUACAACUGCUUACUGAAAUUAUUCGCAAGCAAGCAUGGGGCUCCAUAAAAGACUUGCCAACAACUGGAGAAGACGAAAGUGAAUUGAAUCUGUUUGCAAAGGUAAGAGAUGAACUAACAAUUAAUGAACAGUUGGGUAUUAUUCUGAGAGGAACUCGUAUUAUUAUGCCUUGUUCACUUCGCGAAAGAGCUAUACGACUUGCGCAUGAAGGCCAUCAAGGGUUGGCAAAAACAAAACAACUGAUUCGGAAAAAAAUUUGGUUCCCUAGAAUAGAUAAAGAUGUUGAAACAUUGAUUCGUGGUUGCAUACCUUGUCAGGCCAAUGGCACAGCAAAUCACCCUGCCCCAUUAAAGAUGACCGAGUUACCCCCUAAGCCAUGGCACACGGUCCAUGUUGAUUUUUGUGGACCAUUUCCAACAGGGGAAUAUACUUUAGUUGUCAUCGACGCUUACUCCCGCUUCCCAGAGGUUGAAAUUGUGAAGUCUACAUCAGCCACCUCAACCAUAUCUAAGCUCGAAAGAAUAUUUGCAACCCAUGGACUGCCAAACAUACUAAAAAGUGAUAAUGGCCCUCCCUUUCAAAGUAAUGAAUUUAAACAGUUCAUGACAGAAAAUGGUAUAAAACAUCAAAGAAUCACACCAUUAUGGCCAAAAGCCAACUCUGAAGCAGAGAAUUUUAUGAAACCAAUGGAGAAAGCUAUUCGUUCAGCUCACAUUGAAAAAAAAAUUGGCGGAAAGAAUUGUACCACUUUUUAUUGA